AUAGGAAAGAUACAAAAUAGGUUAAAAAUUGUUUUUCAAUUAAAGUUUAUUGUGAAAUUCUCCAAUACACCUUUACAAUAAUGAAUGUUAAGAAAAAUGAUGCAGCUGUUCUUCCAGAAAACCAUGUAUACAUUACUCCUACUAAGCAAGUCAAAAAUAUGGGUGAUAUGCAACAUUGGGAAAAAUCAGAAGCUUAUCACGAAUAUUUGGGAUUUAUUUGUGCUUUAAAUGAGGCAAUUAAAUGUAAAAGCAAUUCAGCUGGUAGUGCUGAUGCUUCAGAAGAAAUUAAUAAGAUUUGCAGUCUUCUAAACUCUUUGGACACAUGGAUUGAUGAAAUUCCUCCUAUUCAGCAGCCGCAAAGAUUUGGUAAUCAAGCAUUUAAACAGUGGUAUGCAAAAGUCAAAGAUGGAGCUGCCGAAUUGUUUCAUAGUAUUUUUCCAGAAAAUUUGCACAAAAGUAUACCAGAAGUUAGUCUUUAUUUAAUAGAAGGUUUUGGCAAUGCUACUAGAAUUGAUUAUGGAACUGGCCAUGAACUGUCAUUCCUUAUGUUUCUGUGUGCUCUUUUCAAAAUUGGAUACUUAAAUACCAGGGAUGGACCAGCAGUUGCUUGUAAAGUAUUCGUAAGGUACCUGGAGAUAGUUCGUAAAUUACAAACAACAUACAACAUGGAACCUGCAGGAAGUCAUGGGGUGUGGAGCUUAGAUGACUACCAGUUUGUACCAUUUAUCUGGGGGAGUUCUCAAUUUAUAGGUAAUGGCCAUUUUGAACCAACGUGUUUUUUAAAGGAUAACAUUGUACGAAAACAUUCUUCCGAAUAUAUGUUUUUGAGCUGCAUAGAGUAUAUUAACAGGGUGAAGACGGGACCGUUUGCUGAACAUUCGAAUCAAUUAUGGAGUAUUAGUGGAGUGUCUACGUGGACUAAAAUCAACGCUGGUCUUAUUAAAAUGUAUAAAGCAGAGGUACUUGCCAAGUUUCCUCUUGUGCAGCACAUAUAUUUCGGCUCGAUAUUCACUUUGAAUUUAUUUAAGCCUCCUGCAGUUGUAAGACCGAGAACUAGUUUCCAAGUUCCUCAAAUGCCACCAACGUGUCAGUCCGCCAUGUCUGCAGCUGAUAAGACUUCGCUGGAUAGUAUAACUCAAAUUUCCAGUGUCGAUACUAGUCAGGACUUAACAUCUAGCAGGGAAUUGUCGAACAUUGAUUCCGUUAAUAUGUCAGUCAGUGAAAAUACUGAUAAGAUUACGCUUGAUAAUGCUACAAGCAGUACGAGUAAUUCUAGUCGACGCCGGUCUUCUGUUGGAUUUGCUACAAAUAGUGCGGAUGAAAUAAAAGUGGAUGAAAUAAAACUGGUUGAAUUAAAAAAGGAUGAUUUGAAAUGAAAACAAGUAUUAAAUAAAAAUCAGUUUUGAUUUUUGAUUGUGUCUGAUAAAUAUAUAUUUAUGUAUUUUAACAUUUAUAAUAAUAAAUUAUUGCUUUAGACAG